GUUAGAUGACGCUACUAUAAUAUUAAACCGUAAAUUUUGUUAAUAAAUCAAAUAUCUAAUAACAAUGAAAAUAACAGUUGUUAUUGAAUAAUAUUAGUGUUAGACGCAUCAGUUAAUAAUUUAACGUAAACGAAACAUACCUGUAAUUCCAUUAUAUUAGAAUUUCUGCCCUUGUACAAUCGUACAUUAGUGAAUGAAAAUAAACAACGUGAUCUCCGGUUGAGAAAUUGACACGUAUUGUUAAAUUUUGAUUAACAUGACGUCGAACGAAAUGGAAGUAGACGAAGAAAAUGAAACAAAACCAUUGAACUUUCAUGAGUUAGAAUUGGACGAUAGGAUACUAAAGGCUGUUGCAAAAUUAGGUUGGUUAGAACCUACAUUGAUACAAGAGAAAGCAAUACCAUUAAUGUUAGAGGGGAAAGAUAUUUUGAUAAGAGCCCGUACAGGAUCAGGCAAAACAGCUGCAUUCGCUAUUCCCCUUAUCCAAAAGAUUUUAAUGAACAAACGAACGCAGAAAAAACAAGAGAUUAAAGGUCUUAUUAUAGCACCUAGUAAGGAAUUAUGCAAACAAAUAAAUGAUGUGGUGGUCAGCUUAACUAUAAAAUGUAGUAGAGAAGUGAGAGCAGUUGAUGUCAGCCCACAAGUGGAUUUAAGUGCACAGAAAACAUUGUUAGCUGAAAAACCUGAUAUUGUUGUUGGUACCCCUAGUAGACUGUUGCAACAUUUAAAAGCAAAUAAUAUGAAAUUGAAACAUACUUUGGAGACAUUAGUAAUUGAUGAAGCUGAUCUGAUAUUUUCAUUUGGAUAUGAAGAUGAAAUAAAAAAUUUGUUAAAUUAUUUACCCACUGUAUACCAAGCAGCUUUAGCCUCUGCAACUUUAUCCGAAGAUGUUAUAACUCUCAAAAAACUAGUUCUUCAUAAUCCAGCUACUCUAAAACUAGAGGAACCUCCAUUAGCUCCAUUGUCUCAGUUAUCACAUUAUAGCCUUGCUGCAGAAGAAGAGGAUAAGGCUGCCAUUUUAUAUGCUCUAUUAAAGUUGAAAUUAAUUAGAGGAAAGACUAUUAUCUUUGUGAAUACAGUAGAUCGUUGUUAUAAGUUAAAAUUAUUCUUGGAACAGUUUGGUAUACCUACUUGCGUUUUGAAUUCCGAAUUACCGGCAGUUUCACGAUGUAGAGCAGUUACCCAAUUCAAUUCCGGAACAUACGAUAUUAUCAUAGCAUCAGAUGAAAAAUCUUUGGAAGAACCUCACAUAGUAAAAGUUAAAAAAGGAAAACGAAAAAAGGACAAGGAAUCUGGUGUUGCACGUGGUAUAGAUUUUCAAUUUGUGUCUAAUGUAAUUAAUUUCGACUUUCCUUUGGAUGUAAACUCUUACAUUCAUAGAGCUGGGCGUACUGCCCGAGGAAAGAAUCAAGGGACAGCUUUGAGUUUCGUAUCAAUAAGAGAAAGGACUCUUCUUAAUCAACUUGAAGAAGAAUUAAAACCUUUUUAUAAUCGCGAUACACUGUUUAAAACAUAUCAAUUCAAACUGGAGGAAGUAGAAGGUUUCAGGUAUCGAGCGAAAGAUGCUUGGAAAGCUGUAACGAGAAUAGCUGUUCGUGAAGCCCGUUUAAAAGAAAUAAAACAGGAAGUUUUAAAUUGUGAGAAAUUGAAAAGCUAUUUUGAAGAUAAUCCAAGAGAUUUACAAUCCUUGAGGCAAGAUAAAGCACUGCAUACUGUAAAAUUACAACCACAUUUAAAAGAUGUACCUGACUAUAUAGUUCCACCAGCUUUAAAAAGACUAGUAGGCAUUGGUAAAAGAAGAAGGUUUAAUAGAGAAGCUGCAGCAUCAAGGUCUACCGCUACACGAUCAAAAUACCAAGCUCGAGCAUCGAAUCCACUAAUUAGUUUGCAAAUACGAAAAUAAAAGAAUAAUUUGAUAACAGCGAUAUACUUUUUUAAAACGUGUUUAUUUGUUUUUCUUCAAUAUAAAUAACAUUCUAUUAAAAUGUGUAACUUUAUAGUUUUAUAUUGUACAAAAAUGUAGGUGAAAAAUUACAUGCUAUCCAAGUAUUUGUUUUUAACAUAUAAUAUAAGAGUAUCGCAAUUA